AUGUUGAAAAGAAAUAAAGCAAAUGUUGUAAAUAAUACUGAAGUAGCUGAAGUUAAACAAACUCCAACACCUUCGCCAAAACCUUCAAUGACUCCUGAACCUAUGGAAGUACAAACUCCUGUUCAAAAGUCAACUCCUAAACCGACUCCAACAUUUAAACCAGAACCUACUCCUCAAAUAAAUCGUAAAACUCCUGCGUUUCCUUACUGA